ACUACGAUAGUGAACGUUUUAGUGUGAUUGUUUUGCAUGCCUGUUUUGAGAUUAAUUUGCUGACAGUCGCUCUGGAUGGAAGCGUCUGCACUGAGAAAAAUGUGUUAUGUAUUUGUAUGUGAUUUUAUUUGUGUUGUACUUCAAAUCAUUUUUGGACCCGGCAGGUGAAGCAGCAGCUAUUGGGGAUCCUUUUUUGGGGAUUGGGGAACAGAAAGAAUAAAUACACAAAAGGAACAGUAGAAAAAACCUGGAAACCACGGAGCCAAUCAGCGUCAUGACAGUUAAGUUUCUCUCCAGUCAGGGACAUCACAACAACUUGCAACAGGUUGCCGUAAGCUACCAUAUGAAAACACUGGUGAUCCCUCAAAAGGUGCUGCGGAGUACGAGGGAAGGUCAACAAUGCCAGUGCUACCAAGUCAGGAUAUGUCCACCAGAUUUAAGGAGGAAUGGAUAAAUCUCCCAGAAGUAAGUGACAGUUUGAAUGUUUCAGUGCAACUGGAUGACAGUCUAACCAGCCUUCAAUGGCUCCAGAACUACUCCAUACUUAGUGCGAGUCUUGCAAGUCUCCCGGGCUCCACUUGCCAGCCGUACCACCUGUCCUGGCAGAGCCAACCACACUCUAAGGUCUCCGACUCCCCACACAGUCCAUCUGCUGGGGAAACUGCAGCCACCGGCAUGCCUCAAAGCACAGGCAAUCCCAUCACCUCCCGUGCCUCAGCGGACAGGACCAGAUACUCCUUGCUUCUCCAAACAGUGCACAACAACGACCACCAGAUCCCUGUCCCAGCCCGUUCCGCAGAGGAAGUAGACUAUAUGACAAACCAUCAGGUGAAGCCUCCAUAUUCCUACGCCACGAUGAUCUGCAUGGCUAUGCGGGCCAGCAAACAGAACAAGAUCACGUUGUCUGCUAUCUAUAAUUGGAUCAAAGAGAAUUUCUGCUACUACAGACAUGCUGAGCCCAGCUGGCAGAAUUCUAUCCGUCAUAACCUGUCUCUGAACAAGUGCUUCGUGAAGGUGCCCAGGCGGAAGGAUGAACCAGGGAAAGGAGGCUUCUGGCAGAUCGACUCUCAGCAUGCAGACUUGUCUGUCGAUGGGGUCUUCAGGCGCCGCCGGAUGCCUGCCACCCACUUCUACACCCAGAAAAACAGCAAGAACCAUCAAUCAUCCCAGAACCGUAUUACCCAGAAUCACCACCUGGACCGCACCCAGGCCCAUCGGAGAGUGUCCCAGAGGGGGGCAGGCGCUGGGCACAAACCUUUACGCGGUGGCACAAAGUGGGCAACAGUCCAUAAGUCAACCCUGUUGACAUCAAAUCUCAGGGAACCAGAGGUGUUGAAGGGGGAAUUAGACUGGGCUAUGGUGUUUGAUGACAUUCUGAAUGGAAACAGCAAUGACAUUGAUAACCUAGACAUGAACCUUGCAGUAAACACCCCUGGCUGGGAGAUGGAGCUUUCCCAUCAGGAAUCGCAGGGACCAGGCUGUCACCCAGGAACGUGGCAGGGCGACGGAGACCACCAGCACACCCACUGGUCCACGGGAAUGAAUCAUGACACCACGGGCGGCUACAGUGUGGACGAGGUUCAACAGCAUCUAAACCUGACAGGGAGGCAGCAGCAACGGAUUUCUUUGGCAGUUCAGCCACAACGCCAUCAGGAGCAUCAGGAGCUGACACAGUUCCCGGAGGAGCAGCACAGACACCCCUGGGAGGAGCUGAAGGAGGAGGUGCCGGAAGUGCCAAUCACUCUGGACUACACUCUCAACUACUGUGAAUGCUUCUUCACCAGGAUGCAACCAUGGGGACAGUAGAGUCCUAUGUGACACCUUCCCCUCCCGCAGUCCCAAUACCCAAGAAGCACUGCAGCUUUACUCUAGUCAUCAUGUGAGUCACAGUUUUCAUCAACUAUGGUUUGCAUCCUUACUUACUUACUAGCAACCAUUUGACAAAAGAAUAAAAUCUAAUUUCAUGAUCAGUAUUGUGUAGGUAGUAGACAAAGUGCAAGAUAGGGUCGUGUGUGUGGCAGUUUGCGGGCUCCCCAGCUACAUUAUUCUCAGAAAAUGCUCAAUUAUUAAAUUGUAUGAUUAUGAUUCUUAUACUUCAAAUAUGUAGAUAUUAUCAGAAAGGAAAGCUCAGGAUUAUUAAGUAGGAGAGUCAUGUUUGUAAGGAGAUAUUAAAUAAAGGAUGUGCUGAUGCAAAUUAUGCAGUUUAAUAAUGGAAAGACUUAAUCACCUUUUUCAGUAAAUUAUUUUGGCAGUAGAUUCAUCUAAACUUGAUGAAUGAGGAGAAGUAGUUUUAAAUGGACUAGAAUAUCUGCCUAACAUUCAUUCAAAGGCUGUACAUAAUGCAUUCAUGCAAUAAACACAGAGGACUUUAAGAUAUGUGUACUUAGUUAUGUUAAUGCUCUUGAUAGGAAAUGUUUUAUGUACUUUUAUCUCUCUCGGUUGUAUCAUCUACUAUUAAUGUUUUUCUAUGAAUAUCACAGAAAGUACAACUACAUUUACAGCAAUUUAUGAAGGCCCAAGAGUGAAAUGUCCUAUGUCUAGUGAAAUGUCCUAUGUCUAGUGAAAUGUCCUAUGUCUAGUGAAAUGUCCUAGGUCUAGUGAAAUGUCCUAUGUCUAGUGAAAUGUCCUAUGUCUAGUGAAAUGUCCUUUGUCUAGUGAAAUGUCCUAUGUCUAGUGAAAUGUCCUAGGUCUAGUGAAAUGUCCUAGGUCUAGUGAAAUGUCCUAUGUCUAGUGAAAUGUCCUAGGUCUAGUGAAAUGUCCUAGGUCUGGUGAAAUGUCCUAUGUCUACACCCUUUGAGCUUAUAUCACCAAACGUUCAUCUGAUGACGACCAGACUGUGUGAGCCCAGGUCACGCUGAAAUGGACAAAGCAAAACACUUAAUCCAGCCGGCCAGAACACACUUUAAUUCAAUCUUUCAACAUUACUGAAAAUGUGCUUUUAUUUCCCUCUAGGAGUUUGUUUGUUAUAAGCCUUUCCAGACAUCCCAGUUCAAAGGUCCAUUAGUCACUCAUACUGGUGUAGUAGGUCUUCUAUGAUGAGCAUUUUGUUUUCAUAGAGCACGUGGACACACAAGUGCGCCCAACCACACACACAGCCACACACAAGUGGUAAGUAACCCAUUGUUCAGAACACUUUUCUUCUCAUGCUUAAUGUUAUACAGAGGAUGUCUUGUUUUUUCCCCCCUUAAGGCAAGUCAGAGCUUGUCUCAUCGUAAAAUGACAAUUAACUGUGGUUCCACUUGUUCUGUCUGUGGGCCUGUGUAAUCUUUACCUUAAGCAGCUCAUAGGCAGGUGUUUAAGGAGGCGUGACAGGUCAGGUUGAGGAGGUGUAGCGGAUCUGGGCGUGUAGGGGCCAUUGUGUUGUCAUGCCGUUCUGAGAUAUAUCAAAAUGUGUUAAGUGUAGGACGAUGGCUCAAUUCAAUGAAAUCUGUUUGAAGGUUUUACACAGGUGCUUGUUUCCCAUGUUCAAAUUAUUCCAUAACAUAUUACCCUAAUUCCAUCAUAGCAAAGGGUGCCAACUUAAUAUAAAAUGUAUUUUGAUCUGUUUACCAUUUUUUUGGAUGCUACAUGAUUCCAUGUGGGUUAUUGCAUAUUUAUUUCACAUAUUCAGAGAUACUUUACAAUGUGGAAAAUAGUAAAACCAAAGAAAUACCCAUGAAUGAGUAGGUGUCCAAAAUGAUGACAGUUACUCAGUUGAGGUACUCAAAGUUUUGACAGUUUAAUUAAGUCUAGAACGAAACAAAAUGUGGAAAAAUAGAAAGGGUGUGAAUACUUUCUGAAUGUACUGUGAGUCUAAACCUUUCUAGAACAUUUAGGUGUAUGUUUUAGUGUGGAAGAAACAAUCCAAUCACAUCAACCUGCAAUGCUAGAAUGCUAAUCACCAUGAAUAAGCCACUUGAUUCCCAAACACCAUGUCUUUAUCAUGAGGUGAAUUAAAUACACCAAACGACUGACAAUCCAGUUUGCUGUGAUAAAGAGCUCUUGGUAGAGAAAUUCCUUUCCUAUCAUUUAUCCAAGAUCAUGGAAGUGCUGCUGUGGGAACAGAGAGCAUGUCUCAACCCUGAGGCAUUUUGACGUAAUGUAGGAGAGACGGCACAGCUUAAUGCCAUCUUUAAUACAUUUGGGUUUCAGAUCUCUCUGUGUAUACACUAACACAAAGCAGGGGGCAUGCAGUGUCCCUCUGGCUUUGAUGAGCAGCAGGAUACAAGUCACAGGUCACACAUCUGUCAGAUAAGUUCUCCUGCCGAUCUACAAAAGUGGUCAGUCUCAUCUAGAUUUCAGCUCAUCCUUGGCCCUACAGAGACAGUCCAGUUAAAACAUUGUAGGACAGAGAAUCGGAAAACCGGGUGAAACAUGUUUACAUUCUUUUCAGUAUUGCUGGUCAGGUGACCGUUUUUGGUCAAUCAAUAGUCAGCAAUAGCUUCCUGUCCAGUCAAGACUAAGGAAAGAUUCAUGGAGACUUCUUGCCUUCAGUAACCCCCACAGUAACUCAGACAGUUGAUUUUGCUAUUGCACAUGUAACUUGAUCAUUACAAGCACAUCCGGCCACAUCCUUGUAGUCCAAAUGAAAACCAUGUGUUGUUUGGAGUUGUGUACUGCCUUGAAAGUACAGAGCAUCAGUUGUUUCCCUCUCCACGCUGCAAUCCUGAUGAAUAGGAAGCAGAGUGUUUCCACUGCGGGCAGCAGUGUUAUGACUUUGUCAGAGACUCCAUCACUGUCUUAAAGAGGGUCUCUUAUUUGAUUAGCUGUUCCCUGCUUUGUGAAGCCUGACAUUUGGCUACCCUGGCCAGCAGACUGGAUAAUACAGGGUAACAGUACACCUGUCUUCACCUGGGCUGUAGCCAGGUGACCACACUGGGACCUCACUCUCCUAAUCAGCUGUCAGGAUGGAGGGAUGUGUGUAUGCAUGCUGGAGGCAAAUGUGAUGGGCAUCUCCCUCACCUGCUCCCCUCUCAGGUUUUCAUCAUACUCAUCACAAUGAUCUCUUUCUCUGUUUCUCUCUUGCUCUUUCUCUUGCACUCACAGACUAUGAAUCAGUAAUCAAUACUGACCAAUCAAAAAACAAAUACCCGUGAACAAAACCCGGAUGAACCAGUAAAAGACUAGAGAGGAUUGGCUCUGAGCCCAGAGAAAUGUGAAGUGAUGUGUGUAGUUCCAUUUAUUGCAGAUGUCAAGGAUUGGGCCUGUUUCAGGAUUACGGCUUUGCAAGUAAUUUAGGAAUACUUAGAUUUAAUAUAUAUCUGCGAGGGGGAAAUUAUUUUAUAGUUGGAAAAUAUUCUGGCAUUGUUUGA